AUGGCUUCAACACUGAGCUUGGAAAUUGAAAAGCGUCGGCGUUUGCCGACGCUUUUUGAGGUUCUCAGCCGUUACACUCUCGCUCCUGUCGAUCUCUUUUCCUUUUACAUUUACAUGCGCGAUCAGCAACGGUCUGUUGAUUACUUGGACUUCUGGCUCGAUGUCUCACAACAUAUGUCACUUUGUCGACACUACGUCCGAGAGCUACGACGAUCUGUACUUGUCGCGACUCCGGAAGGUGGCAGCCGACCGUCGUCUACCAUCUUAGAAAACAUCCCAGACAUUCCGGCCGAAGGUGGUCCCUCUGGAUUUCGUGGCGCUUCGACCGAGAAAGACGCUGAUUCCAGACUGUCCGCCUUUUUGCGUUCAGAAAACCCGGCUCAGCCUUCACCAACCGCCAGCGUGUACUCGGAGCGCUUUCCAUCAGAGGAACGGCCGCCUCGCCCAAGCUUCAUGGACUCAACCCCGGAAACCCACCAGGAUUCUUCGAACUCACCUGGGCACACGGUUGCUCGCACGGACAUCCGAAGAAGUGCUGAAAAGAUCUUGUACACAUACCUCAUCCGAGACUCAGAGCGUGAAAUCAUCCUUCCCGAAGAAAUGGUCGAGACUAUUAUUGAAAAGGUGGAGCGGGACAGUCGUGACGAUCCGGAGGUAUUUGACCAAGCGAAGGAUUAUGUUUUUCAAGCAAUGGAAAGAGACGCCUUUCCCGGCUUUCUACAGGCGAAGGCUCUUGGCAACCUCGUGCCUCUGAGCAUUCUUUCGCGCCUGGCAUUUGGACUGGUCUGCUUCUGGGGUGCUUUUUGGGCAUCUUUCUUCGUCGUCUUGACUGAUAAGCCGAGGUCGACUCGGUGCUGGGUUAUACUCCCUUUUAUUGUCGCGUCCUAUUUCAUUACAACAUACCAGUACAAGAUUGACCCUGUCAUGGCUAUGUUGGGGUUCAGCGAGUACACGUUCAUGAACUGGCAAAGAAUACAAGAGCCAUAUGUGCGCACUCUUCUCAACAAGCGUGCCAUGGUUACCUUGGCAUACGCCCUUCUCAUUGCAGCUGCUCUUAGCAUACUGUUCAUUCUCGUACCGGGAACCGUUCUCUGA